AUGGUUCGAGUUAUCUGCCAAGAUGGCUUGCAAAACGAUCAAAGACCCUUAGCGACACGACCAAAGCGGAGUGCGGUGAAAAGCAGCGCGAGCGGCUGGAUGCUGAAGUCGUCGCUCCGCCCUUUCUUCGAUUUUAUUGCGAAAGACGGAGAAAGAUACGCGUUGUGCAAGUACUGCGGGAAACAAUAUCGCGAAGGGGAGUCCACCGGCAACCUCGCCAAGCAUGUGCGCGGCCAGCAUCGAACUGCUUUUGAGCAAGCCAACAACAGGAUUGGGAAGGGAAACGUGGUUCAUUCGCUAGCCAAAAGAAGAUCGACGUCAUUAAGAUUAUCAAGGGCCAUACAGGAGGAAUUCAAACAAAAACCACUUAUGAUCGAUACCGUGCUGCUAGUUGUCGAGAAGUUCCUGCCCUUUAGUUUUGUCGAAAGCGCCGCAUGGAGCCAAAUAAAUGAGAAUCACGUUUCUGGCCAACUUAUACAAUCCAGGACGACACUUUCGAAGAAAGUUGACCUCUACUCGAAAUACAUGAAUGACUCGCUUCACCUCAACCUGAGGGACACCCAGCUCGUGAACCUCGUACUUGAUGUCUGGACUGCGGGAAAUGGGGAGUCAUUCCUUGCUAUCAUGGUUUCUUUUGUGCCGAAUUUGUUCAAAGAGGAAGCAGUCAAGGCGGCAAUCUCUCCAUCUCCGUUCCUCGAUAGACUGGGCAAGGCGCAAAACACGCACUUGCUCGACUUUGUAAGCCUGGGUUCGAAGCGGCAUUCCGGUCAGAUUCUUUGUACAUUAUUUCUGCAGUUGAUGGACAAACACGGUCUGACAGAUAAGGUGGGCACGAUAACUAUGGAUAAUGCCGCAAACAAUGGUACUUUAUAUUCACAUUUGAUACACAAUAACUACAAAAUAUCAAAACCGCUUCCAUACCGACUGCUUGGUAAGACGCGGUACAUCAGAUGCGCCAGCCACGUUCUGAAUCUACAGUUUCAGAAAAUCAUGAAUUACUUGCUCUCCAAGCGCAUAUUCGCUGACCCUUUCUCGAAAAUUAUAAAGCUUUCCAAAGUUAUCAGAUAUUCAACUCGAAUCAGAAUGUGUUUGGCGGAAUUUAAUGCACCCCUUUUACCUUUAGACUCUCAGACGAGAUGGAUGACGAGAUGGCGUCAAAUCCAUACCUUUUUGAAGAACAGACACAUUUACGAGGCUUGUUGUGAAAAAAUAAAAGACUCUGGAAAUCUCAAACUGGCAAUGAAGUUGCGCGAGCUUAUCAUCUUCGAUGCAAGAACUUUAGAGCUCUUGCAAUAUUUUGUCGACGUUUGCAAAAUCAUGAAUGAAACCAAUCUGCAAUUGCAGCAUGCCGAAAAUAAUUGCUUGCCUAAUGCAGCACCGGUCUACUAUUUGAUGGACCAUUUCUACCAAAACUGCACCGAUGCAUUGGCAGGAUACAAGAUCUCGAGAUCGUCCUCAGAUAUUGAUUUCUCAUGCCUCAACGGUAGCUCAGCCCUGCAUCCCGACGACAAGCGAUUAAUACUUGAUUCCAUGGCAAUUGCUAAAUCGUCACACGAGAAAUAUUUCAUCGAGUUUCGCUCCAACCCCGUAUAUCAUGUGUCUUUCAUUUUGGACCCGAGAAGCAAAUCUCAUGGACUUUACAACUUGAUGAGUGCGUCGUAUGCCGUCAAAAACAUUCAAAAGUCCGAGAUGUUUAUCAUGAACUACCUCAAAGAAUAUGAAUCGUGCUGUCCAUCUCACCCAAGUAACGCAACACCGCAGCGAGAAUUGAAGGAAAAAGAUCGUUAUUUCGCCUUCACUCUAAAAAAUCGCGACGCCGACAAAAUUGACACGAGCGAUAACUCAAAUGAAAACUCCGUGGCACUUGAUGAGUGGAACAGCUAUUUGGCAGAACCUAGGCUAGCUCUAACAUCAAAAGAAGCUGCCGUUAAUUGGUGGUUUGAGCGGCGCUACAGAUUUCCGCGUCUAUUUAAACUGGCGAUGUGUUUAUUCUACACCAAGAUCUCCACUUGUGAUGUUGAGAGAACCUUUUCGUUGGCUGGGAGGGUGAUGCGAAAAGAUCGCAAAAAACUGCACGGCAAAGCCCUGACAACUUUGAUGACCCUUCGGGACAGGUUUGUGCAGUUUAAUUUCUAUAAAAAGAAUGUUGGGAAAGCAUCAUUCGAGGAUCAAGAUAUUGAAACCAACGAUAGUGAAUCUUCUGAUGAACUAGAAACGUAUUUGAAGAAGUUGACAUCAUACGAUCGUAACAUUGAUGAUAUUGGCAUUGAUGCUAAUGAUGGCGACAUCAGCGGUCAAAAGGACUCUCUCUCAUUAUUUGAUUCUGCUCCUGUAAAGGACGGAUUCCCAAAUUUUGACGAUAACGAUACUGUUAUAAGUGAAGAUGCAAGCAUUGAAGAAGUGGAUAUUAUUGAGGAGCAUGACCUCUAUAAAGAAACUUCUUUGCAUGACAAUUAUUCUAUGACAGAAGAUACGUUACGCGACAAGGCUACGAUUGUUACAGAAUAG